CGCCGCGCCGCUGACAUCGCACCGUCCCAUGCAACUCCACACUUUUAUCUAUUUGACAAACUUUUAUUGAGUGACUACAAUCUGCAACCAUGGAUGUGGAGGAGUUCCGAGUUCGCGGCAAGGAGAUGGUGGACUACAUCUGUACGUAUAUGACGACGCUGGAGACGCGCCGGGUGAUACCCUCGGUGGAGCCAGGGUACCUGCGGGCUGCGCUGCCGGCUGAAGCUCCGCAACAUCCGGAAGCAUGGGACGAUGUCAUGACCGACGUGGAGAACAAGAUCAUGCCAGGGGUCACGCACUGGCAGCACCCGCGAUUCCAUGCCUAUUUUCCGUCUGGAAAUGGAUACCCCUCGAUCCUGGGUGAUAUGCUGUCUGCUGGCAUCGGCUGCAUUGGAUUCUCUUGGGCCGCAAGUCCAGCUUGUACGGAGCUAGAGAUCAUAAUGCUUGAUUGGAUGGGUAAGGCAAUUGGAUUGCCCCCACAAUUUUUGGCGCUGGAAGAAGGAAGUAAAGGUGGUGGCGUUAUUGAGGGAUCAGCUAGUGAGUGUGUCCUAGUAUCGAUGCUAGCUGCCAGGGCCAACGGCAUCAAAAGGCUCAAGCAUCAAUUUCCGAACGUUGACGAAGGUCUCUUACUUUCCAAAUUAAUCGCGUACUGCUCAAAAGAGGCUCAUUCCUGUGUUGAAAAAGCAGCUAUGAUCUGUUUCGUGAAACUCCGUAUCUUACAACCAGACGAUAACGGGUCUCUGCGCGGCGAAACUCUAAAAGAAGCUAUGGAGGAAGAUGAGGAAGCUGGCCGCGUUCCCUUCUUUGUUUCGAUUACAUUGGGCACAACUUCGUGCUGUUCCUUUGACAAUCUCCCCGAGAUAGGACCUGUGGUCCGAAAAUUUCCUAACGUGUGGCUUCACGUUGACGCUGCCUAUGCUGGCAGUUCUUUCCUAUGCCCGGAACAUAAAUACCACCUGUCUGGUAUAGAGUACGCAGACUCUUUCAAUACGAAUCCGAACAAACUGAUGCUUACCAGCUUCGACUGCUCUCUGCUAUGGGUUACUAACCGAUAUCUACUGACGUCAGCCCUCGUCGUCGACCCACUUUAUUUACAACACUGCUAUGACCACACGGCCAUCGAUUAUAGGCACUGGGGUGUGCCAUUGAGCCGUCGCUUCCGCUCACUCAAGCUUUGGUUUAUGUUACGAAGCUACGGUAUCAGCGGCCUGCAGAAAUACGUACGACGUCACUGCGAACUUGCCAAAUAUUUUGAACAACUUGUGAAGAAGGACGACAGAUUCAAAGUGUGCAACCAAGUAAAGUUGGGUUUGGUUUGCUUCCGCCUUGUGGGAAGCCCUGAGGAUCCAGGUGAACAAAUAGAUGAACUCAACAAGAAACUGCUGACUAAUAUCAAUGCGUCCGGCAAACUGCACAUGGUGCCUGCUUCUGUCGGCGAUCGAUUUGUCAUCCGUUUCUGUGUCGUCCAGCAACACGCCACGCGUGAGGACAUUGAAAUAGCGUGGGAUAUUAUAACCGACUUUGCUACAGAGCUUCUGGAGGGACCUGACAAGGAACGGGACUUGAACGUAGAGCGGGCUCGUCGCAACAAAGCUGCUCUUGCGCACAAGCGUUCGUUCUUCGUGCGCAUGGUCAGUGACCCGAAGAUCUACAACCCGGCUAUCAACAAGACGCCUCCACCGGUACCUACUACUCCGGGCUCGCCGCAGCGCUCUGCUAUGCCCACCACGCCCGACACGCCCACUGAUCCGGAUCAACUCCAGCCCUCUACUCCGAAGCAAUCGUCUUGGAUCAGCUGGCCACUCGGAUUCUUCUUCCAGAGUGUGGAUAACGAUGCUAACGAUUUGCCAUUGAGGUUCCGGCACCUGGACACGAUGGUGCGCCUGAAGAGCCCCGGCACUACGAGCCGGCGCGGCUCCUCGCCCUGCGCGUCGCCUGAGCAUCGUGCGCCCUCCCCCCACCAUUGACCGACCCCCGCGUGUUAACCACAUCAUUAUCACUUAUCGCAGAAAUAAAUACUUAUGGCAGCAUUGAGCUUAUCUGUUUUAUUUUCUGAGUGGAUUCGGCGCUCUUAUUGGCCUGCUCCGAUUUAACCAAC